GAUUCAAUAAAAACCAGAUCUUUGAUCUUUGACCGUCAGUGAUCGAGAAAUGGGUCAUUGGCAUUUUCUCCAUUGUCUGGUGAUUCUGUGUUUUUGUCUUGUGGGUUGUAGCAAAUCGGAAAGUGAUGAUGGAAGGAAGAAUCCGAUUCUUAUAAACUUCGGAGACUCGAACUCCGACACCGGAGGAGUUCUCGCCGGCGUCGGACUACCAAUCGGACUCCCUCAUGGAAUCACCUUCUUCCACAGAGGCACCGGCCGCCUCGGCGAUGGCCGCCUCAUCCUCGACUUUCUCUGUGAUCAUUUGAAGAUUGGAUAUAUGAGUCCAUAUUUGGACUCACUGUCACCGAAUUUCACGAGCGGAGUGAACUUCGCGGUCUCAGGCGCGACCGCCUCUCCUCUCUCCUUCGUUGCGUUUCCCCUCUCCAUCCAAAUCCGUCAGUUCAUCCGUUUCAGAAAUCGAUCCCUCGAGCUCCACUCUUCCGGCCGACAAGAUCUUAUGGGCGAAAACGGAUUCCGAAACGCUUUGUACAUGAUCGACAUCGGACAGAACGACCUUUUACUUGCGUUGUACGAUUCUAACCUAACGUACACACCCGUCGUACAAAAGAUCCCUUCCAUGCUCCUCGAAAUAAAAAAGGCCGUUCAGAGCGUAUAUUUGUACGGAGGGAGGAAGUUUUGGAUACACAACACGGGGCCGAUGGGAUGCGCGCCGAAGGAGUUGGCUCUGCAUCCGCAUAACGAAUCGGAUCUUGACCCGAUCGGCUGCAUUCGGGUUCACAAUGACGUGGCAAAGGCCUUCAACGCUGGCCUUCGCCGUCUCUUCAAAGAAGUGAGAUCCCAAUUCAAAGAUGCCACUUUUGUCCACGUCGACAUCUACUCCAUCAAGUACCGUCUCUUCUCCAACUACAAAAAAUACGGAUUUGAGGAUCCGUUUAUGGCGUGUUGCGGCUACGGAGGACGGCCGAACAACUACGACAGGAGAGCGACGUGUGGUCAGCCAGGUUCCACCAUUUGCCGCGACGUUACUAAAUCUAUCGUGUGGGACGGCGUUCACUAUUCCGAUGCCGCAAAUCGCGCGGUUGCUAGCGCCGUUUUGUCAAACCGAUACUCCACUCCUCAUAUCCCCCUUGACCGGUUUUGGUAAACCGGUAUUGAGAUUAAUUAAACCGGAUUGGUUACUGAGUUUUUAUUUCCUGUUUGGUCACGCACGCAACUAUAAUAAACUCUACAUUACAUUA